AUGGCUGCGGAUCCUCAGAGGAAUGGUGGGGUGGAAGCUGCAGACGACUCGCAAGCAUCCGACAACGACGGCGGUGAGCGCCCCGUCCGCCACAAAUUAAAAGAAACCUCCAUCACUUCGGCUCCCAAGACUUCGACGGACGGCGACGCCAACAUGACCGGCAAUACGCAGGAAGGAAGCUCCAGCAGGGCCAGCAGCAGGGGCAGGAAGCGAUCGUUCGAUGAGGAUGAGCCGGAGAAGAACGAAGACGAUGCAGGCCACCGUCGCAAGCGGUCGCGCGACUCGAACUCCGAGGAGGAGAAUGCAAAUGCCGAUGUCGAUGUGGAAGUCCCGCAGCUACAGAAGGGAGAGGAAGUGACACGGGAUAUUGCGGUUCCGAAGAAGAAGAGGAGCAGGGAUCAGUUGGAUAAGGAUGAAUCGACAGUUGGUGCUCCGGGCGAGAAAGCGGACCAAAAUGCUGCGGAGGAGACCUCGACGGAAAAGUCUGAAGUGGAAGGACAGCCCGAGAAGAAGAGACAUACGGAUGAUGCGCGAGAGAAGGAAUCGGCUCCCAUUACCAGUGCGUUUGCGAAUACAUCGUCGGUUUCGCCUUUCGGGGCAAUCGGUGCGAAGGCCAAGGAAGAAGAAGCAAAACCCGCUGCCGCCACAUCAUCAUCUGCUUUUGCUGCGUCAAGUCUGGCCGCGUUCGCCAGCUCGGAACAAUCGCCCUUUGGCUCCCUCGGAAGCUCCACACCCUCUGUCUUCAAGUCGCCGGCAUCGACGGACUCUCCCCAGCCGGCUGCUACUGGAUUUGCUUCUGCAGCCGGCACAUCGGGUUUCGCCGCGCUAGGGUCUGGCUUCUCUGGGUUCAGCGGUGGCUUUGCGGCAGCCAAGCCCGCCGGUGGACUUACGAGCUUUGCCUCCCCUAGUGCUCCCAGUGUUCUGGGCGGCUCCAAGACGUCUGCUUUCGGAGCACCCGAAGACGAGGAAGAAAAGGAGGAAGAUGAAGAACAAGCCGGUGACAGCGGCCCGGGAGAGUUCGAGCAGGACAAGACGGACGAGAGAUUUUUCGAACGUCCGAUCGAGACUGGCGAGGAGAACGAGAAGACAUACUUCUCAUGUAAAGCCAAGCUGUUCCACUUCACGAACAAAGAGUGGAGAGAGCGUGGCAUUGGGACCUUCAAGGUCAACGUCCGUGUCACGGACGGCGUAGAGGACAAGAAGGCAGCUCGCAUGAUCAUGCGCGCAGACGGCGUGUUGCGCGUGAUGCUGAACACGCCCAUUUUCAAGGGAAUGACGGUUGGUGAUGGACAGGGCAAGGAGCCCAAGUCGAAGCAGAUCAACCUAGCCAGUUUGGAAAGUGGCCGCUCUGUUCCGAUCUUGCUCAGAGUAAGUCACCCAUCAUCACCUACAACAGCUGAAUCAAAGCUGACUGACCCCCGUAGACCGGAAGCGAAGACCUCGCCAAGGAAUUAUACCGCGUUGUUCGCGACCUCCAGGAAUACCAGUGAGCAUGAACAUGCAAUAGCAGCAGCACACAAACAUGUCUAUUGGAUACCUUCAAAAAGCGCCAGUAAUCAACUACUACUACCACCAUCACCAGCAGCAAAAAGGCAACGUCGCAAACCCCCGUCGAAGUCACCGGCAGAGACGCCGGAGACAGAAGACAGCACAAGUGCCAGCUCAACUGCAGAGAAACCUUCCAAAGGAAAACGCAAACCCGCACAACCGAAGCGAACUCCGUCCGCCCCAUGGCCAGAGGCAUUCAAGAGCCUCGCCCGGACACACCGCGCCCUGAACCUCGUGUACACCUUCUGCUGCACGCGAAAGCACUUUGCUACCACUUUUGACAACAUCAAGAAUGCGGUUCAGGCGCAAAUGCAAGGUCAGGAUUUGACCGUGGAGGAUGUUGCGCGGGUGAAAGUCCUCGUGCCACGCGCAGUGCGCUUUGAGUAUGUCGAUGAGGCCAAGCUGGAGGUCAUGACGACUGGAGACCGGGAAGCAACACAACUAGGCUAUGGAAGGGAUACACACGGCGAUGGAGGAAUGCCCACAAAAAAGACACUCCUCUUUGAGCUGCUGGACGGAGAUCUGAAGAGACAAGUGAGGCAUCCGCAGACCGGGGAGCCAACCAAGCCCGUGCGGCGCAUGAAGAACGAGGAUCUAAAGAUGCCGGUGUACAGCCAGAAGCAGAUGCUAGGCCUGAUCGAGAAGCGAAACAAGAAAUUCACCGAUGCAAUUGACGCCUUUCUCGUCCAGUGCGAAGACGAAGCCGUCGACCCGGUCGAAAAAUUGGAGACGGAAAAGCACGCCUGGAUUCCUCAGCCGCCGGAGGACGAUACACCCAUCACUGCACCCUCCACCCUCCCACAACAAAUCCCCAAAGAACGCAAAUCCAUGUCAGAGAUCGUGGAAGAGAUCCGCCAAAUGGACUGGUACACAGCGCAGAUCGUCCCCGAAGGCCACCGAGUCUUCGACCCCCAGCCGGCCAUCUACGGCGACCUCACCUUCCCACUCUCCCAGAACCUAGUUAACGCCCUAUACAACACCAAGAAUAUCACCCAAUUCUACUCCCACCAAGCCGAAGCCAUCAACCAUCUCCAUGCCGGCCAUCACGUCAUCGUAUCCACCUCCACCAGCUCCGGCAAAUCCCUCAUCUACCAAGUCCCCAUGCUGCACGAACUCGAACGCAAUCCCUCCGCCCGCGGUUUAUACAUCUUCCCGACCAAAGCCCUAGCCCAAGACCAACGCCGCAGCAUGCAAGAGCUCCUUCAAUUCAUAGACGGCCUCCAAGGCACCCUCGUCGAAACCUUCGACGGCGACACCCCCAUGUCCAACCGCAACCUCAUCCGCGACGAAGCCCGCAUCAUCUUCACUAACCCGGACAUGCUCCACAUCACCAUCCUCCCCCAAGAAGCCGCCUGGCGGACUUUCCUCCAGAACCUCAAAUUCGUCGUCGUCGACGAACUCCACGUCUACAACGGCCUCUUCGGCACCCACGUUGCCUUCAUCAUGCGUCGUCUCCGUCGCAUCUGCGCCGCCGUCGGCAACCAUUCCGUUCAAUUCAUCUCCUGCUCCGCCACCGUCGCCAACCCCUCCCAACACAUGCACGCCAUCUUCGGCGUCGACCCCCAAUCCAUCCACCUCAUCGACUCCGACGGCUCCCCCUCCGGCCGCAAGGAAUUCCUCUGCUGGAACACCCCCUACAAAGACCCCAACGACCCCUCCUCCGGCCGCGCCGACAGCGUCUCCGAAACAGCCCGUCUCUUCUCCCAACUCAUCCUCCGUGGAGCUCGCGUCAUCGCCUUCUGCCGCAUCCGCAAACUCUGCGAAGUCCUCCUCCAAGCUGUGCGCACUGAACUCGCCGCCCUCGACCGUCCCGAAAUCGCCAACAUGGUCAUGGGCUACCGCGGCGGCUACAGCCCGCAAGACCGCCGCAAUAUCGAAAAGGACAUGUUCGAGGGCCGUCUCCUGGGCAUCGUAGCCACCAAUGCCCUCGAACUAGGCGUCGACAUCGGCUCCCUCGACGCAGUCAUCACCCUAGGAUUCCCCUACUCCAUCUCCAACCUCCGCCAACAAAGCGGCCGCGCCGGCCGUCGGAACAAGGACUCACUCUCCAUCCUAGUCGGAGACCGCUACGCCACAGACCAGCAUUACAUGCGCAAUCCAGACGAAUUGUUCACGAAACCAAACACGGAGCUGCAAAUCGACCUGUCGAACGACCUCAUCCUCGAAGCGCAUCUCCAAUGCGCCGCUUACGAGAAACCCCUCUCCCCUGCUAUCGACGAAAUAUACUUCGGUCCUCAACUGCAUACCCUCCUGCAAUCCCGCCUCCUCCAAGAUAAAUACGUCCCCUCCCUCUACCACACCCACCCGCGCUUCCUCCCCACCCCAUCCCGCUCCAUCGCCAUCCGCGAUACCGAGGACCAGCACUUCGCCGUCAUAGACACGACGAACGCCCGCAACGCCGUCCUCGAAGAAGUCGAAGCCUCCCGCGCCUUCUUCACCAUCUACGAGGGGGGUAUCUUCCUCCACCAGGGGCAGACGUAUCUCGUACACGAACUCAACACAUCGAUGUACUUCGCCCGUGUCUCCCGCGUUCAUGUGGAUUAUACCACCCAACAACGCGAUUACACCGACAUCGACCCCAUCGAGACGGAGAAUAUCCCCUACUUCGGCUCGAUCCUCAUCCACGCUGUAGUCUACGGAUUCUUCAAAAUCGACAAACGAGGGCGCAUCCUCGACGCCGUACCCGUGGACAACAACCCCCCGAUCGACAUCCACACGAAAGGAAUGUGGAUCGACAUCCCGCCCCUCGCAUUAGAGAUCCUCUCAUCAAGAAACCUCAACAUCGCAGCAGCGAUACACGCAGCCGAACACGCGAUCCUGUCACUAUUACCUACCUUCGUGGUUUCGUCGCCGGGGGAUGUUCGGACGGAAUGUAAGGUUGCGAAGAAGGAGUUGGGGAGGAAGUUACAGAUGGCUGUACAGGAUGCAAAGGGGUCGGGGGGGAUAGAUAAGCAGAAGUUGCAGAAGAUUGUACAUCCACCUGCGAGACAGAGGCCGGCGAGAUUGACGUUUUAUGAUGCGAAGGGGGGAGCGUGUGGGUCGGGGAUUGCGGCGAAGGCGUUUGAGUUUGUGGAUGUGUUGUUGGAACGGGCUGUGAGGCGGAUUGAGGCGUGUGGAUGUGUGAUGCCGCAGGGGUGUUUGGAGUGUUGUUGUGAUGAGAGGUGUAAGGAGAUGAAUGAGGUGAUGAGUAAGGCUGGGGCCGGGGUGGUGUUGAGGUGCUUGCUGGGGUGGGAGGUGGAUGUGGAUGGGUUGCCGUGGGGGGAGGAGAUGGGGGUUGCGGAUAAUAUUGGGGAGUUGAGGGGGGGAUUGGAGACGGUGGUGCCUGCUGUGGAGGUGCCGGGGAGGACCGUAUAUUGGGUAUCUAGCGCAUGUAUAUGA